AGAAGGACCACAGACUCCGGAGUAUAAAAGGUCGAAAUGUCUCCGGGCAGAUGCUCAACUCAUCGCCCUGACACCACACGGCUAACAUGAAGCUCCUUCUGAUCACGUUUGUGAUUUGCUUUGCGGCAGCUCUAGCAGCGCCGGCCGACAAGCCGAAGAGAGAAAUCCUGCCGGGAGAUCCACGCUACGGAACCGAUUAUCAUCAUCACCACCAUCAGCAUCAUGAACACGAGAACGAAGUACAGAUCUCGAAAGCCGCCGGUAGCUACGUAGGUUCUGUCACAGUUCCAGAAGAGACAGAAGGCCACUCGUUCCAAGUACAAUCUCUGACGGCCUACGGACCGCCCAACCAUAAACCCGGCAAGCCCUUAGGCCCUGAUUAUUCCACGUCCAGCGACACUGUUCAAAAUUCUGUCGUCCAGGUGCCGGCCACCUCUUACGGGGUACCCGACACUCAGAUUAACAAUUACGUAGAACCUGCCACUGAUGACAAAUCAAAUGCAGUUAUCAAGACCAACUUAAACGUCGACUACCAAGCACCUUCUGUCGAAGCGCCCAUCACUUCUUAUGUUGCUCAGCACGAAGAACACGUUCAUGUUCCACAGACUUCGUACGAAACUUCCGUAAAGACUAACAUCCAGAACCAGCCUCAAGUCGAGACUUUACACGUAAAGUCCGCUGUUCCUGAGGUGCAUCACGAAGUUCAAAAUGUACAGCCAGCAGUAGUACACAAGGAGACUGUCUCCGUGCCGCAAGUAAAGACUACGACGUCUCACGUCGAGACUCAAGGAUCCCAACACAGCUUAAGCAGCCUGCCUUCCUAUACUUCCUCUUUCGAUAGUUUUCCUAAUUACUUUUACUCCUCGUAUCCCUCGUACUCCUCGUACUCCUCGUAUAGCAAUAUACCGGUGAGAACUGUGGAUCACCGCGUGCAUGUACAGGUGCCUCAACCGUAUCCGGUACCAGUAACCAAACACGUAACAUACCCCGUCCCCGUUCCCCAUACCGUCGAAGUUCCUAAGCCCUAUUAUGUUCGCGUAGCCCAGCCUGUUCAGGUGACCGUGAAUCGUCCGUAUGCUGUAGAAGUGCCCCGUCCGGUGGCAUACCCGGUUCCCCAAUACUACAGAACCAACGUACCGGUCGUUCAGCAGCAGCACAUAAACACACUAGACACGAGAACAAGCACUCCGAUUAACAAUAAGGGCUUCUUCGAGGACGUGCAGUCUUCGUUCGGGAGCGUGAUAAACAAUCUGCCAAGCUUCCAGAACCCGUUGGAGAAUUUCCAGAAUCCUUUCCAGAACUUCGAGCUGCCGUCUUUUAUCUCUUCGUUCAACCCGUCAUUGCCAUCGUUCCCUCAGGUGACACCUGCCCCGUCCACGGCCAGCAACAGUAAUGUACAGACGGCGAGUAGCUCCGAUUCGAUUGUAAUCGAAAAUCCGGCGCUGAAGACCGAGACCACAAAGACUGCACCUGUCAUCACGCAUCACGCUAGACUUCACCAAACCACACAUUCGGGGGUUAAACCCACCACCACGUGCGCUGGCUGUUCCGUCUCCGCCACCCACAUCACCACCAAGCAACACGUGCUACCUACCGAUGCCAAUGGUUAUAAUUAUUAAAAUGUUUAUCUUAUAAUGGACGUUGAAUAGACCACUGGAAUUUCUCAGUGGAAAUGUCAAGCAAUUAUUCGACGCAGGAUUUAUUUCUAAAGUGUUAGAUUGAUUGAAGAGUUCGUUUCCUCCAACAGUUAAACAUUUUUAUUGAUAUUUAAUCCUUAAAUAUAUAGAGAUGUAAGAGAUAAAUAUUUUUAAUAUCUGCGAUUAAUUCAAAAAUUCUUUUUCUUUUGAGUAAUUUUUGAAGAAAUUUUUAAGUUAUGUCUCGAUAAACAGUAGCCAGUUUAAAUUUAUAUUAUUCAUUUGCGAGCUAGGAGAAAAUGCAUGCAUAUUCAAGAGUUAAAUAAAAUGUUAAUAAUAAUUUUUUAAUAUUUAAAUAAAUAUAAAUUUACUAUUUUAUUAAAUCUGUCAGUUUUCUAUAUAAUUCCUCUAAAAAAAUAUGUAACUUUUAACAUUUAAUUGUGUUAU